AUGCGGAAGCUCUUUGUGCUGGAGUCUCGGAAUGGCUCUCAGGGCCUGGAACUGGAGGCAGCUCGGCUUUCCUGCAAGAGCAGGGGCGCUCACUUGGUGUCUGCAGAGGAGCUGCGGAGAGUGGUCCAGGAUUGUGCCUUCGCUGUGUGCGCCACGGGCUGGCUUGCGGAUGGCUCGCUGGGGACAACCGUGUGUGGCAAGGGGAGUGGUGAGCAGCAGAUCACGAGAGCUGUUGACGUGAAAAUUGAGAGCAACCCAGCUCCUGGUGGCACAUACAAUGCCCUUUGUAUUAAGGAUGAAGAGAAGCCGUGCGGAGACCCGCCUUCGUUCCCACACACCAUCCUGCAGGGACGCACCGGCUUGGAGAUGGGGGACGAGCUGCUGUACGUGUGUGCCCCAGGCCACGUCACAGGCCACCGCGAAAGCGCCUUCACCUUGCUGUGUAACAGCUGUGGGGAGUGGUAUGGCCUGGUGCAGGCCUGCGGGAAAGAUGAGGCUGAGGCACAUAUUGACUAUGAAGAUAAUUUCCCUGAUGACAGAUCAGUGUCCUUCAGAGAGAUCAUGGAAGAUUCCCGAACAGAGGCAGAGGAGGACAGGGGUCAGGGAGAGGCCUCUGAGGAAACUCCGAAACAGGACCAUCUGGUCUCCGUUUCCGCGGGAAGAGAAGACACAGCCCAGGAUACCGCCUUCGUGCCAACCACAGGCUUGCCCCACGCUGGGAGCAGUGUCCCCACAGACCUACCAGGAUGGAUACUAAACCAGAAAUACUUGUUCUGGCUUCCUGCUGCGACCUUCCACAAGCUUGAGUUAGAAAAAGAGAUGGAUGACCACACCAAAAAGCAGUUUCCUGCUGGAGACAACCACAGUGGCAUAACAUCGGCCCCAGGUGAACCUGAAACCAAGGGGAUCUAUGGCAGCACUGAUGGUCCCUCAGGGCCACAUAUGGGCAAGAAUGACAGCAAGGCAGGGGACCCAAUGGUGAGUAGCAGCGAUGGAUCCUGGUUAGAUGGCUACCCUGUGACCGAUGGAGCUUGGAAGAAGAUAGAGACAGAAGAGGCAGAAGAGGAGGAAGAUGGGGACAGGGGAGAUGGGUCAGUAGGGCUGGAGGAAUGUGUUCUGUUUACCCCUCAUCAGCCUGUUCUUGUGGAAGUUAAGAAGCCCAGGAGCUCCACCCUCACACCAAGUGAGGACACGACCCAUACUUCAGUUCUUCCAUCUCAAACACUCGAUGUAGAAGCUUUGGCUUUCAGACCCAAGAGUGUGUCUGAAACUGAGGGUCCCAGCAUGGCGGAUGGGGACUUGACCAGGUACCAGUCAACUGUUCCUUGGAGAUUUGCCCCAGAGAAGUUUCCCAUGGCCACCCUACCCGAUGAACCCACAAGCUCUCCCAUAGCAACAGUAACAACUACUGUCCCAAAGGUGCCUAACCACAGUCCCUCAACCCUCGUGGCAGCCACCCAGACUCCAGUGGAAGCCACUGCUCCCGAGGUCCAGGAUAACUUCCCAUACCUGCUGUCUGAUGACUUCUUGGGACAGGAAGGCCCUGGUCCAGGUGCAAGUGAGGAACUUCUCCCAACCUUGGAGCCCUGUGUAGGGGACGAGUGCCCUAGUCUCAGCAGAGGCCCCAUCAUUGCCACCGUCGUCACCGUCCUGUGCCUGCUGCUGCUCCUGGCAGGUGUAGGGGCAGUGUGGGGCUACCGCAAGUGCCAGCACAAGAGCUCCGUGUACAAGCUGAACGUUGGCCAGCGGCAAGCUCGGCACUAUCACCAGCAGAUUGAGAUGGAGAAGGUCUAGCCAUCUUCAGAGUGGGCUCUCCCAAAGCCACUUGGGAGGAAAAUAAACAGUGACACAAUACAUUGGUAAAUACUGAUAAUUCACUAGAGCAUAAAA